AUGGAGGAGUUCAGUGCUGAUGUCAAAGACGCACUAGAGCACACGCUACAACUACAGCUCGAGCUACAAACAAGGCUGACUGACAUCGAGUCCUGGGCACGCAGAAACAAUAUCAGAGUCCAUAGAAUUGUGGAGGAGCUAUGUCACCGCUCACUCGGCCCCAAGCCCCCACAAGGCGCUAACCCCAGGUCCAUAGUGAUCUACUUCCAAGAGUUUAAGACGAAAGAGUUGGUGCUCCGCUCAGCGUGGCGUAAAGGUGUUGCCGGAGCAGCUGUGGAGGAGAUGGUCACGUCACCUGACGGAGCAAGAGGAGACGGGUUCACGCGAGUGACAAGGAAGAGGAGCAAAGAGGAGCUGACGCGCAUCAUCCAGGAGAAGCUGAAGGUGUUUAGACGAGACCAAACGAAGCGACUGGCACAUUGA